UAAUAAUAAGUUAACAUGAUAGCCUCAUCAUGUUAUGGAUAUCAAGACAAUGGAGUAAUGAUAGCUGCAGCAAGUGAUACAAUAUGGGGAAAUAGGGCAGCAUGUGGAAGAAUGUAUAGAGUAACUUGUACUGGUCCUACUAAUCAAGGUGUUCCACAGCCUUGUACUGGAACAAGUGUUGUUGUUAAAGUUGUAGAUUAUUGUCCUCCUGGAUGUAGAGGAACAAUUGAUCUUUCUCAAGAAGCAUUUUCCCAAAUUGCCAAUAUAGAUGCUGGAAAAAUCAAGAUUAAUUUUAAUCAGAUCUAAAGUUCAAGGCCACGUUUAAUGCAAAAUCGUCUAAUAGGGAAUUGGAAUAAAACACAAAUUUGUGCAUGCCAAGAAAUACCCAUAUAUCUUGGCUCUUUUACUAUAUGCUCAUUGAAGCAACAUGUUUAAUUGUUGUAACCUAUAUAUCAUGUGUUGUUUAAUAUAUCAACAAUUUUACUGAU